CCAACAUGGCGGCGGAACGCGGCUCGGGGCAGCAACAGUCGCAGGAGAUGAUGGAGGUCGACAGGCGGGUUGAGUCCGAGGAGUCAGGUGACGAGGAAGGGAAGAAGCACAGCAGUGGCAUCGUGGCUGACCUGAGCGCACAGAGCCUGAAGGACAGAGAGGAGCACAACAGGACAGAGGAGGACCCCGAAGGAGAACAGGAGGUGCCUGUGGACAUGGAGACCAUCAACCUUGACGGAGAAGCCGAGGACGUGGAUCUGAAUCAUUAUAGAAUUGGGAAAAUUGAAGGAUUCGAGGUGCUGAAGAAAGUGAAGACUCUCUGUCUCAGGCAAAACUUGAUCAAAUGCAUCGAGAACCUGGACGCAUUGCAGAGCCUUCGCGAGCUGGAUCUGUACGACAACCAGAUCAAGAAGAUAGAGAACCUGCAGGCGCUGACUGAGCUGGAGGUUCUAGAUAUUUCCUUCAACCUGCUGAGAAGCAUUGAAGGGCUUGACAGGCUGAUACACCUGAGAAAACUCUUCCUGGUCAACAAUAAAAUCAGCAAGAUCGAAAAUGUGAGCAACCUGCAUCAGCUGCAGAUGCUGGAGCUGGGGUCCAACCGCAUCCGGGCAAUUGAAAAUAUCGACACGCUAACCAACCUGGACAGUUUGUUUCUGGGGAAAAACAAAAUCACCAAACUUCAGAACCUGGAUGCACUUUCCAGCCUCACUGUCCUCAGUAUGCAGAGCAACCGGCUGACCAAGAUCGAGGGGCUGCAGAGCCUGGUGAACCUGCGGGAGCUCUACCUCAGCCACAAUGGCAUCGAGGUCAUUGAGGGCUUGGAGAGCAACAACAAACUCACGAUGUUGGACAUUGCAUCGAAUAGAAUCAAAAAGAUUGAAAAUAUCAGCCAUCUAACAGAGCUGCAGGAAUUCUGGAUGAACGACAACCUCAUUGAGAGCUGGAGUGACCUGGAUGAGCUGAAGGGUGCCAGGAGCCUGGAAACAGUGUACCUGGAGCGGAAUCCCCUGCAGAAGGACCCCCAGUACCGGAGGAAGAUCAUGCUGGCCCUCCCUACUGUGCGGCAGAUCGACGCCACCUUCGUCAGGUUCUGAGUCUCUGCUCGUCACUGCUCCCUCUCCUCAAAGGACCUUCCCAGCCACGGUUUUUUAAUCCACCUAUUGCUCCUGAAAUCAUCACUCCACCAACAGUCACAGCCCAAUGGCAAUAAAGGCACUGAGUGGUAAUUGACGUGUAUGAUGUCCGCCCUGCAGUCUGAGAUUCCGUUCCUAUUAAA